AGCACUGCUUUCUCAGAGCACAACACAAAGUUGGUGAGGGAACUGGCUGCAAAUCUGAGUACAGCCAAUCACAUUUUGCAGAGUGAUUAUAACAAUGUAAACACUGCAAACCAACUUUUAGCGGCUGAGAAAGAAGAGGUGUCAACAGAGAGGGAUAUUUUCCUGUCAAUAAAUAUUGUUCAUAAAAAGAAGACACAGGAGGUAAUCCUCCUUCUUGUACAUUAAAAUACAUUAUUUAUUAGAUAUUACACUUUAAAUGAAUAUACAGUAUGAUAAUACUAAUAUUGCUUAUAUUGUAGGGAGUGUGUAACUCUUGUCAAGGUGGCUGGAUGUUGUUCCAAUCUAGUUGUUACCUGAUUUUGCACCCUGCCGCUCCAUGGAAGAACUGGACAGAAAGCCAACAAUAUUGCAAACAAGAGAAUGCUGAUUUGGCUGUCAUUAGCAGCCAAGAGGAUCAGGUAGCACACUGGUACAAACAAGAGUUUUGAGGGACCGAUUCACUCAACCUUUAAGUAACUCAAACAAUGAAAAUGAAUAAAAAGUGAAAUAGGAACUAGAUUAAAAUGUGUGAUAGCUAUGAGCUCAGGGUAAAGCAGUCAUAACUGAAAGACAAAAGCCCAUUACAAUGCUACUUCCUGUUGUGCUCUUUGUUAUAUUCUCAUUUGGACCUGAUUACAUCCAUUAGAUCCAGUAUUUACACACUGCCUCCCGAAACUGUGAAUUAUGAGAACUGUUUCACUCACUUUUCAUUCAUAACCACACUCAACACUACUAUGAUAAACAUCGUGGAUACUGGAUCGGCCUGACUGACAUAGCUAAAGACGGCCAAUGGCUUUGGAUUGAUGGAAGUCAUCAGAAUCUGAUUGAUGGGUAAUGACAUUUCAUUCAGUAUAAACACAACAAAGAGGCAUUGUUAAAUCAUUAUUUGAUUCAGUCGUUUCUUUUCAUUCAUGGUGGUGUUCUCUUUUCACAGGUUUUGGAACAGUCAAACUGG